GUAGAUUUGAUUAAUAUUCAUCUGCAGUACAUCCAAGGUUUUUCCGUGUGCCACAGUUCCUGCUUGUGCAGAGCAACUAAGCCAGAGACUUGAUCUGCAGAGCAAGUUGGAGAUUCUCUUGCUCAGGAAAAAGACAUGUCCUACAGAGCAAGCUUGAAUAGUUCUACAAAGGACGCUUGAAAUAUGGCUAGUUGUGAAAGUUAAAAAAACACAUUAUAUUAUGUAAGAAACAUGUGACACAGAGCAAGCUGAAGACAUCUUCUACAGAAUACUCUAGAGACAGUGUUGACUAGCAAGCUUGGGUCAAUGUUUAUCCAAAGUUAUCGCAUUUUAUACUGGAUCAUUACAGUCCAGUCUUUCCAGACUCAAGCGGCAAGAUUUCUACAUAUUCUACAAUUUUGAAGCAGAUUGAAAAUAAAGGCAAUGGAUUCUACAGAGAAUGAGCGGAUGUCUAUUGCCCUGUCAACACAUCUAGACAGGGCGAUUACAGGGACACAGGAAGAGGUGGAUAUCAGGAGGAGAUUAGAGGUUCUAAAAGAAUGUAUACAAAAUGACUCUUAUUUGAAUUACCACUCCUUCUACGGAGGAAGUCGUGGAGAGGGAUUAAGUCUACAAGGAUCAGAUUUGGACAUUAUGAUGAUAGCAGAGACUGUAACAGUAAUGUACCCUGGCCAGUUUAUCCCUCCAAGUAUGGCAAACAAUACAAUUCUGUAUAUGAGAGAUGCAGAUUGCCGAACUGGAUAUGUCCACUUACAACUAGGUCAGAGAGGACAGAAAUGUUCCAUUGAAUUGCGUGAUUCACUUGUUAGAAUUAAGGAUUCAUUUUUUGUUUCCAGUGAUAUCUUUAGAGAGUCAUUUGUCCGUAAAUUAACGGACGGCCUUUCAUGUUCAGCAUGGAAAUCCAAUGGACCCAGCAGUUCGAUGGGUGAACAAAUAGAUGUCGUUCAAAGCUUUCCAUGUAACUGUUGGCCAAAGGAAGCUAAUGAAUGGAUUACCCGUACACGUCUGUACGGAUGGCCACAUCAAACAUUAAUCGACAAUAUCGUACACAGUGGAUGUCAUCUUGUCCCUGUUGGGGACAAGUGUUCUGAAGAUACUUUCUUGCAAUGGAGAAUCUCAUUUGCAACAGCAGAGAGAUCUUUAGUUCACUCGUUCAGUCACAUUCAGCUUAAAGUAUAUGCUUUGCUGAAAUGUUUCUUAAAACAGAUAAAAGUCACGUUAAAAGAAACCAUAGGGGAUGACGAUAUCUUGUGUUCCUACUUUUUGAAAACUAUCCUUUUUCAUGCAAUAGAGAACUCCAGGCAACUGUUUUGGCAAGAAAAACACUUAUUUUACUGUUUUUGGUUUUGUUUCAACAUACUGAUUGCUUGGGUCAGGGCGGGAGUCUGUCCAAAUUAUUUCAUCCCAGCCAACAACAUGUUCCAAAGGAAAGUCCAUGGACAACAUCAACAAAUACUAUUGGACGUUUUGAAAAACUUUUGUCAGCUGAAAUGGAUGUGCCUUUCAGUUACUAAAAUUUGUAAUCCCUCAAUAUGGGAAACUCUUGUAUGUCCCCAAACCGAGCAGGAAAUGAUCUUUCGACAGGAUAUAGAAACUGCCCAAGCGAUAAAAGGAAUAUGUAUCACACAAACUGGAACACUAGGGAUCAUAAGGAAGGCGAUUCGUUUAUUAUCAAAAUCACAGUCAGAUUUUGAUGAAGUUUUCACAUACCAGUAUUCUAUGAUUUGCUUACAAAACAUUGCAGCAGAACAGGUCUCUCAAGAUCACUAUGCUAUGGACAACAAGACCAGGUACAAAAGUUUAAGGAAAUGUAAAAACUGGAUGAUUCAUGGGGCCUCAAUGGGCACAGAGCUGUUACGUCUAGCAACUUUUAAUUUUCUGGUAGGAAAUUUCAUUAAAAGCCUUGAGAUGUGCAAACAAGUCAUGAAAAUGGCAUCAUGUUUCAUAGGUCAGGAGGUAAGUAGAGAAGAGAGAGAAAAACUAUUUAGGCACAAAUAUAGUCAAUCAGGCCAUACAUCAGAGAGACUACAGAAAAUAUACGCACACUUCAUUAUCCUUUCUUGUAAAGACUUGUAUCUUCCCCACCUCUCGCUAGAAAUGGCGAAUAGAUACAGACUCCUAGUUAUCCCUCCACUACCGUAUGCUAUUUUCCUGUCAUUCCUGUGCUGUCAUGAACUUAGAGAUACCAGAGGACGUGAUGCAGCAUUACGUAACAUGGUAGAUGUCCAGUAUGACGAGAAUCAAGGAGGACACAAGUACUGGAUAGUAAACACUCUCCUGGGCAUCUGUUACGAAAUUCUCGGAGACUCUCAAAUGGCCAUCAGAGCUUACUGGAAUUCAGCUCAAAGAAAUUGGAAUUUAGAAUUUUUACUCUGGAAUACUGCUAUCAAGAGGAUAGCCGUUGUGUAUCUAUGUAUGUAUGCUUCACAGAAAUUCAAACAGAGGAUAAAUGAGAUGUACUGAAAUACAUUUGACUCACAAGGACUGACAGAUAAUAGCUGUGUUGUAUUUAUAUGUGUAUUCCUAACAGAGGAUAGAUGUGUGGUAUAUAUA